AUGACGGACACAUUGCCAGUAAGUAGAAGUUUUAAUCCGAGAAAAAAUUGUCCCUUUUUAUCUAGUAAAUUUAAACGCAGAUGCCCUAUGCACUAUUUUUACCUACCGGUGGAGUGCCAGCUGGGAAAAAACUGCGAUGACGGACUAUGCCCACUAUCACAUACCAAACUGGAAGUAAUUUUCCACCCCAUACUACAUAAAACGAAGAGAUGUAGCAUGGCAGUGAUGAACGUAUGUAAUUUCGCCCACAGGUGUGCCUUCUUCCACAACACCAACGACAGAAUCUCCUCACACCUUUCAUGGCUAGUGUGGCAAAAGAAAUGGAACCUAUGGGAGACAUCUCCAGAAGUACUUUCCGUAAACUUUAAUCUGGACAUGGAGGUGGCAGGAAAACUGUCAAUAGAGUCGCAGGUUAUGCUCGAAAGUUUAAACAAAGACAAACCAUUACUGACCUAUUUGAACAAGGAAAAGUCCUUUCCUGCCAGUUUGAACAACACAUUAGGCAGCAGGUUGAGUAAGAGCGAAAAUGAAUUGGGGUGUGUUGGGGAAAAAAGUGACUCGAUGCUGGAUCUGGAAAGACAGCUCGGCGCAAUGUUAGACAUGUGUAACACGCCAGAAACCUCAGCAAGCACACUCACGCCGGAAAUGCGAACUUACAUAAAACAGUACCCCAAGGAAAAGGAAGUUUAUACACCGAUUAAUAAACUCUGCAACAUAUCAUCACUGUACAAAUAA